UCCACGCACAGCCAUUCGGAGCCGCCACUGCGGAGCUCCAGCCCUGUUCCCUGCGCAUCCGCCCGGAGUCCCUCAGCAUCCACGCUGCGCCAUGGCCAAGGCCACCGAUGUCUGGUCCGACCUCGGCCUCGUCUUCUGGCUCGCCUGCCUCCUGCCUUUGGGUCCAGCGAGGGUGGCUGCAGGUCUCUAUAAUCUUAGUCUUACUACUGAUGGUCCUGCAACCAUUGGCACAGAAGUGACCAUCUCAGCCAGCCUAGUGGUCAAGGACAAUGGCAGCCUGUCUCUGCCUGUGGACACCCACCUCUACCGUUUUCACUGGAUCCACACACCGAUGGUACUCACUGCCAAGACUGAGAAGAAUCUAACCUCAACCAUCCACGUGGUGGGCAAUGUGCCUGGGGACUUCCCAGUCACUGUCUGGGUCACUGCUGUCGACUGCUGGAUGUGCAAGCCGUUAGCCAGGAGUGCCCUGGUCCUCCCCAUCAAAGAGUCCCUUGUGGGAAACCUAGUCAUCACCCAAAACUCUUCCGUGUCUUGGCCAAACUCCUACAUCACCAAGAGAAGCCUUAGAUUCUCCUUUCUCCUCCAUGACCCAAGCGACUUCUUCAAGUCUGCUUCCUUCUUCUACAGAUGGGACUUCGGAGAUGGGACCUUGCUGAUAACUGACAACCCUGUGGCCUAUUACAACUAUUCAAGUGUUGGAACCUUCGCGAUGAACGUCAGGGUGGUGGCAGAAUGGGAGCAGACAAAGCCGGGUGCCACAAAGGGCAUUGUGCAGAAGAGUGGCGACUUCUCAGCUUCCUUAAGGCUUCGGGAGGCCCUUCAAGGCAUCCAGAUUUCAGGGCCUACCCUACUGCAGACAUUCCAAAAGUUGACAAUGACCUUAAACUUCCUUGGAAGCCCUCCUCUGCAGGUGUGCUGGGGCCUCAAGCCACAAUGUCUCCCAGUGGAGGACAGAGAGUGCCACCCUGUGUUGGUGACCAGCACAUCUUUUAACGUGACCCACGUCUUCCAGGACCCUGGGGACUAUUGCUUCAUCUUCCGUGCUGAGAAUGCCAUCAGCAGAGCUCACCAGUACCACAGGAUUCAGGUGUGGCCCUCCACCUUCCAGCCAUUCGUCUUUGCUUUCCCAUGUGCCACACUCAUCACUGUGUUGCUGGUCUUCAUCAUGUACAUGACUGUGCGGAACGCUACUCAACAGAAGGACAUAGUGGAGAGCCCGGAGGUCACUGGGCUCAAGUGCUGCUGUCAGUUAUGCUGUGGCUCCCUCUUUCUGGACUCACCAUCCGAGUACCUGGAAAUCGUCCGGGAGAACCACGGGCUGCUGCCGCCCCUCUACAAACCUGUGAAAACUUACAACGUGUGAACUCCCCAGCUUGCACCUGUCUGUGUUCACUGGUCACCCGUUGGGAGCUAUGGGCAGGGUGACAUAUGCUACUGAGCAGGAGGGGUUUACACAGGUGUGGCCUUGCCCAGACUGGCCACUGAUCUGUACAGUCCAGCUGCUGUCAUAUGUCUUUGUGUCCCUCUCCCAGCUGUCAUCACUCAUCUGUGCACUCUAGUCACUGCCGUAGCCUUCCCCCGUCACCCUCCCACCCUCUCCUGAGCAGGAUUCUGAUAUUUGGUGUAUUCUGUUAAGACUCUCCCACAUGGACCUGGCUGCCUCUCCCUGUUGCUUUCCUG